ACCCUGAUGUUCGUUUGGUGAAAAUCACCAAUAUAGAAUCAAAAGAAAAUGGUAAAUAUUUGUUGGUUGAGUUGGUUAACGAAGAACAAGAUGUAGGUGAUGUUAGAAAUCUAGAAAAAAGAAAAUAUAAUGAACCAAUGGUUAAUGAAAGCCUAAUAAAAGAGGAAAGUCCAGAAAAAUAUUAG